UGCGAGCAGAGGCGUGGCAUCCUGUAGGCGCGGGCGCUUUUGCAGCGCUCUGAUUGGUGCGAUUUGAAAAAAUUGUUUAUCCGUAGACGGAGGGAACGGACUUCGAAUUUCUCAGCGGGGAGAAGAGAAAGAUCACGGAGUCGCUAAUUUGAACAAAAAGAACACAACAAUGAUUAGGCCUACCAAGGGCAAAACCCCGCGCCGACCUCCUCCUAAAAAGCCAACAAACAACCUGAAGGAUCCUGUCGGAGUGUACUGUCGUGUGCGUCCACUAGGGCCAGAGGAUGGAGAAUGCUGCAUUGAGGUGAUCAGUAGUACUACCAUCCAGCUACAUGCCCCUGAUGGCCUCAAGGCCAAUAGGAAUGGGGAGUUUAAAGAGACUCAGUAUUCCUUCAAGAAGGUUUUUGGAAUUAAAACCACACAGAGGGAAUUAUUUGAGGAUGUUGCAAAACCUCUUGUGGACGAUCUUAUUCAUGGCAAAAAUGGUCUUUUGUUCACCUAUGGUGUCACGGGCAGUGGAAAAACCUACACGAUGACUGGUUCCCCAGGUCAAGGUGGGCUCCUGCCCCGCUCACUGGAUAUGAUCUUCAACAGCAUUGGUCCUUACCAGGCCAAAAGAUUUGUCUUCAAGCCUGAUGAUAAGAAUGGCAUGGAAGUGCAAAACCAGGUGGAUGCUCUUCUGGAACGACAGAAACAAGAGAGUCAGCUAUUUGUACCAAAGACUCCAUCUUCAAGGCAAAGAGUUGAUCCAGAGUUCGCUGACAUGAUCACUCCAGAAGAAGCUUCUAAGGCUGAAGGGGUGGAUGAGGACAGUAGCUACAGCGUGUUUGUCUCCUACAUCGAGAUAUACAAUAAUUACAUCUAUGAUCUCCUGGAGGAGGCUCCAUUUGACCCAAUAAGGCCAAAGUGGAAUGGUGCAGGGACACCUCUGCGAAACAACACUGAGUUCAUACCACCUCAGUCCAAGAUUUUACGUGAAGAUCAAAACCACAACAUGUAUGUGGCUGGGUGCACAGAGCUUGAAGUGAAAUCGACAGAGGAAGCGUUUGAAGUCUUUUGGAGGGGUCAAAAGAAGCGCAGGAUUGCAAACACUCAGUUAAAUCGUGAGUCGAGCAGAUCACACAGCGUCUUUAUCAUUAAACUGGCACAAGCCCCAUUGGAUGCAGAUGGAGACAAUGUCCUUCAGGAUAAGAACCAGGUGAAUGUGAGUCAGUUGUGUCUGGUGGAUCUGGCUGGCAGUGAACGCACAAGCAGAACCCGUGCAGAGGGCAGCCGCCUUCGGGAAGCAGGCAACAUCAAUCAGUCUCUGAUGACUCUCCGCACAUGCAUUGAAGUUCUCCGAGAGAAUCAGAUGUGUGGAACAAACAAGAUGGUCCCAUACAGAGACUCUAAAGUGACCCAUCUGUUCAAAAAUUAUUUUGAUGGUGAGGGGAAAGUCCGAAUGGUGGUCUGUGUAAACCCUAAGGCUGAUGAUUAUGAAGAAACGAUGCUGGUGAUGCGGUUUGCUGAGAUGACUCAGGAGGUGGAAGUGGCCCGGCCUGUUGACAGGCCCAUCUGCGGCUUUGCUGCAGGACGCCGACAGAGAAACCAGGCCUUCAAAGAAGAGCUGUCUCGCCGGCUAGAGGAACGCGGAGGCCCAAUAGAUGGAGAACCAUCCUCGGCCCUGAGCCAGUUUUUGCAAAACCUGCCCCCGUUGCCGCCCUGUGAAAUCUCUAACCCUACCGACGACCAUACACUUCCUAGAUUUAUUGAGGCCUUGGAGAAGCGGCAUAAGAUCCGCCUGAUGAUGACUGAAGAGUACAACAAAGCCGCCAAUAUGCUGAAGUCCAUGCUUCAAGAACUGGAUGGCAACCUCAUCUCCAAAGAGAAUUUCAUCCAUGAUCAACGGUCCAAGCUGGGUGAGAAGGACAAAAUGAUCCACAACCAGAAAAAUGAGAUUGACCGGCUGGAGAAGAAAUCCAAGAUGCUGGAGUACAAGAUUGACCUCCUGCAGAAAACCACAAAUAUCUAUGAGGAGGAUAAGCGUACCUUACAGAAUGAGCUGGAGAGCAGAGAGCAGAGGUUGCAGCGGGAGCUCUCGGAAAAGAAGCGAAUGGAGGCACGCAUGCAAGGGUUGGUCUCGGAUGAAAAGCUCCGGUGGCAGAAGGAGUGUGAGAGGCGGGUAAAUGCCAAGGAACUGGAAAUGCAGAACAAGCUUUGGGUAAAGGACGAAAAGCUGAAGCAGCUCAAAGCUAUAGUAACUGAGAGCAAGACAGACACCCGACCAGAUAAACCGCAGCGACCCUCCCGAGAAAAGGACAGAGUGCCUGCGAAGAGAUCAGCCUCGCCCUCGCCGAUACCUUCUAACUUCUCCUGUCAGGCAUCAGAAUAUAUCCUUCCCAAAGUUGUCAGGCCAGCCCCUCUUUCCCCCAGCACUAGCAGUGUGUCUGUGGCCUCCAGCAUCUCCGACUGGGAGCAGCGAAUGCCACAGGCCAACAUGCAGGGCAGUCCCUCCCCUCCCUAUGGUAGAAGCAGAGCUCAGGGUCUUCCUGGAAGCCUUAGCAGGCAGAGAGGCAGGUGCUGGGCCAGAGAAUGUGAGGUGCAAGUUCAGCCAGCAGAUGUAGACCUAAAGGAGUGUGUUUACAGGACUGGGCCGGCAGUUCGGCCUGUGCACAGGCGCUCGCACUCAGCUGGUGGUGAGAGAUGGGUGGAUCACAAACCCACCACCAAUGUGGAGCUAGACACAGUCAUGCAGCCCAGCGUUCCCAACUCGAUCAAGGUGACCACUCCCAGCGAGAAAGCCCUGUCCAAGUGUGACAAGUACAUGCUGACACACCAGGAAGUGGCCUCUGAUGGCGAGAUCCAAACAAAGCUCAUCAAGGGUGAGGUGUUCAAAACUAGAGGUGGGGGACAAGCAGUUCAGUUCACUGAUAUUGAAACGCUGAAACAAGAAAAUGCUGUUGGUCCAAGCCGCAAAAGGAGAUCAGAAGAGAACUGCCAGGAUGAGCCUAAGGAUGGAGACUGGACAGAUGUAGAGACCAGGUGUGCUGUGGCUGUGGAGAUGAGAGCUGGCUCAAACCUGGGACCUGGUUAUCAACACCAUGGAUAUCCAAAACGCAGAAAGCCCUAAACAUUGCCCUUGCAUUGCUAUCACAGUCAAGAGUUCUUCCUUCUUGAAACCUCUCAUCACUGUGCAAUACUAUUUAACUUUUUAAAAAAUACUUUUAUAUAAGACACUUUUAUAUAUAGGCCUGUAUAUAAAUUCACCAAAGGGGUUUUGUAGUGUGGCAUGUUUUCAACUUUAGUGUUACCAUCAAAUAUUCCUAAUUUAAUCAAGGCCUAGAUGUGGCUUGAGACAAAAUGUAUGGUGUGUGUUUUUUUUUUUUUUUUGUUUUUGUUUUUUUGUUUUUUUUGUUUUUUUGUUCCCCUGCUGACCCUCAAGUGUGUAAAUCUUUUCUAUAGCUGAAGUAGGGUAAUCUAGACAUAGGAUAGUCUGGAUUGUGCUUUCUAAUUAGAACCCCAUUAUUGAGUGCAAUAUUGAUUGCAGUCAUGUUCUUAGUAAAGCGCUGUUUUCUCACUUGUAUUAUGUAACUAGAGCUUAUCAGAACAAAUUUGAACACGGUGGCAUUCAUAGUACACGAGCUGUUAAAUGGCUUUUGAGUCUUUCUUCUUUGGAAUAUUAUUUUCACAUAAAUUGAAUACUUGUACUUAUUGCCUUGGUUUCACUUAUUUCACUGAAUGAGCAGAAGAGGGCAGCAGUACAUUAGCCACUUUUGUAAAAAGUGUAAAAGCAACAAUGUUUAUUUAUAGAGUGAUAUGUGUUAAAUCCUGCACAUAUCCAAAGAAAGAUGUUAAAGCAUGGUUCAUUAACAAAUGAUAGCAGGGUUCCUACGGUCAUGAAAAACCUGGAAAAGUCAUGGAAAUUUAAAAUGGCAAUUUCCAGGCCUGGAGAAGUUUUGGAAAAAUAAAUAAACCCAGAAAGUUUAGGAAAAGUCGUGGAAAUUUGCCUCACAAAAAUUCUGGUAUAAUUGAAUAUAUAUUUAAUUGUUAAUAUUGGUUAAAAAAUACAUAACGUUAGGAUUAUCAGUCACAUAACGUUAUGUCCUCUGCAUGAGGUAACGUCUGGCACAGUUGCAGCUUGUACUUUGAGUCAGGGCCGUAACCACCAUAGACAUUGAGGGAGACACGUCCUCCCCAUAAUCAGAUAUGGCCAAAUUGCCCCCCAGUAUUUGAUGUGUUUGAUUCUGCCCUGCUCCACUCCAUUAUGCUCUGCUAUCUAUGUUGUUAGGAUAACAAAUAGUUAUGUGAAAAUGUUUGAGAUGGCCAAUCAAAUCAAAGACGGUGGGGCUUUACUGUUCACAGAAGCUGCGUGAUGCUUCAGAUUUAAUGGUGAAAGAGUGUGAGGUAAAAUGUAAGCUAAGUAGCUAAAGUUUAAUAUUUGACAACUGUUUUAUGAUAGAAACGUUAAUUCAAUUCAAUUCUAUUUGUAUAGCGCUUUUUACAAUAGACAUUGUCUCAAAGCAGCUUUACAGAAAACAUAUAAACACGGUAUACAGAUUUUAAAUAAUUUUAAACGACCGACAGUAAUGCGCAGGGAUGCAAACAUUUACGUGAAUCAUGUAAUGUAAUACAGUAUUGUCAAUGUGAAAAGACGAGAAACCUUAACAGAGCUGUUUUCAGUAUAUUAGGCAUGUACAUAUUGUGAAUGAAUGUAAUGAAGGUGGUUACCUGGCUUUAAUGGUAGCCUUUCAGUAAAUACACUUACAGUGCAUCCGGAAAGUAUUCAGUGCUUCACUUUUUCCACAUUUUAUGUUAUGUUACAGCCUUAUUCCAAUAUGGAUUAAAUUAAUUAGUUUCCUCAAAAUUCUACAAACAAUACCCCAUAAUGAC